CCUGGGAUUCAGGUUGCUGCUCCGGGGUCGCGGGAGUUCUGUUUCUGCUGCUUUGAUUCUGCUUCGGAACUUUCCUUGCUGGGCGAUUACGAAUUGGGGCCGAAGCGGCCGCGAUGUCCUCCGUGCAGGUGCUUUAUCCUCCGAAGAUCCACCACAGCAUGCUUAGCCCGGGGUUCCCCAAGGAUGAGCCGACUCAGGGAAAGACCACCUUGGAGACGCGCUACCGUCUGGGAGCGUUGAUCGGGAGCGGCGGCUUCGGCACGGUCUACGCAGGGACGCGGCUCAGUGAUUCCCAACCUGUGGCCAUUAAAUAUGUUUCCAAGGAGCGUGUCUUGCAAUUCCAGCACUUGAAUGGUACCCUUGUUCCUUUGGAAGUCGUUUUGCUGAAGAAGGUGUCCUCCCCAGGUUGUCGAGGUGUCGUCCACCUCCUGGAUUGGUUUGAGCAGCCCGACUCGUACUUCAUCGUUAUGGAGCGCCCCCUUGUGUCUCAGGACCUGUUCGAUGUCAUCACAGACCGGGGUCCGCUCCCGGAGAGCUUGGCUGCCAGUUACUUCCGGCAGGUGGUAGAGGCAGUGCGCCAUUGCCACUUGUGCGGUGUCUUGCACCGGGACAUAAAGGAUGAAAACAUCUUGGUAGAUCUCCUGCAAGGUGACCUUAAGCUCAUAGACUUUGGCUCAGGUGCAUUGCUUCGGGAUUCUCCAUACACAGAUUUUGAUGGCACGCGGGUGUACAGCCCCCCUGAAUGGAUAAAAUAUCACUGCUACCAUGGCUUGCCGGCCACGGUGUGGUCACUGGGAGUGCUGCUCUAUGAUAUGGUGUGUGGGGACAUCCCUUUUGAAAGCGAUGAGGAGAUCCUCCUUGGGAAGCUCCACUACCACUGCACAGUAUCCUCAGACUGCCGUCACUUGAUCGAGUGGUGCCUUUCGCUGGCCCCGGAGAAGCGACCUUCCUUGGAGCAGAUCCUGGCCCACCCCUGGCUUCUGGCUUUCCUGGAGCAGAGUGGCCGUAAAGUGCAGCAGCCCACAGUCCCUAAAGCCAGCACCAGCCUGUGACUGUAGCGGCCACCGGACAGUGCUGGAGAUGCCCUGUCAUGGAGGGGACAGUUGCAUCUUGGUUUCUCCCAUGAGAACAGGCUGGUGUAACCCUACCACUUAUUCCUGCUGAUUCGCUGAGCGGCUGCCCUGGCAGAGAUGUUAUCACUGGGGUGAUGUGUGGCAGUCGCCCUGUCCACCCAGUUAGACAAUGGGGCUGACACGUGGCCCCUACACGCAACAGUCGAGACCAAUGGGCACUGUUCUGUUUACACAAAGACUCUGGCUGCCCCAGGCAUAAGGGGCAGAAGACUGGCGCCAGGCAAGCAGUGUCGAAAGGCUUCUGUGCAGGCUUGCUGCUGUGCGCACCUUGAUCGGCAUUGACCCUCCACAGGACCUCCUCCACGGGAGGUAGCGGGACUGGACGAACCUUUUAAUGCACCACGGCUCUGGCAAUGUCUCUGCAUGGGCCGCAUUCGUUCUUAUUUAUUUAGCGUGACGUUCCUUUGGGAGCCUGUGCCAUUCCCUCCUCUGUUAAUACCAAGAGUCUAUCUGCUGCCACACUUUUGGAUGUAGAAAUGUUCUCUUCAGUCCAGCCAGGAAGUAAUAUGGAUACCAUAACAUCUCACCUCCUCACCCCAAGUUUCCAUUCCUGUCCAGCCAUUCCAAGUUUGAACCCAGUUUCCAGUGCCUGAUCUGCUUUCUCUCUCUCUCUUUCCCCCUCUCGUUCUGCUUUUUAGGUUGAGGGCCCAAGCUCAUGAAAAAGUGCGCACACAAUGGGAAAGUCAAUCUAUAAGUACAAGAUCUUAUUUGAUUGAACUUCUUGAAAAUAAAAAGUCCUCGGCUCCAAGCUUCAGAACCUCAGUUGCUUGUAAGCUACAGCUAGGGCUGGAUGCACUCAAAAGCUUCUGGAAGUUUAUUAAGUGCUACUUUAAUAGUCUGAUUUUAUGGCUAGCAACAGUUUGAAGAAUCCCCCGUUUCUGCUUUUGAACUGUCUCUGGAAGCCCUGCCCCUGUUCCUUGCUCCUCAUCCUGGGAGAGCUUGAAGCUGAAUUCAGCCACCACUUGUGAAUGUUCCAGAUUGUCCCCUCCACCCCUUUGACUGCAAAUCAGUUUUGGAAGCGCAGGUCAUGUUUAGUUAGUGCAGGCUUUGCGAUGCAGAUAUAUUUUUUUUUCUUUGAAGCUGAAUAUAGGAGUUUCUUUCAUCUCCUGAUAGUCUUCCAGCACCACCCAACUUCUUUUGUGUGUGCUUUAGAAGUUCAUAGGACGAUAGGAGCCCAUGGCCUGGAGCCCUUGAGUCAUGUGAGAGCGGCGGGCCAGUCCUGCUCUUUUAAUGGAAAACUGAGCUUUGCAGGGCAGUAACAGCCUUUUCAGAUUUGUGAAUCUGCCCUAGAAAGGGGGUUAGGGUACUUUGGGUUGUACUUCUAAAGAUUCUUGGGGCCUUCCAAGCUGGGUGGGGAGGUCAGCACAUCUGUUGCUCAGGCCUGCUUCUUCUGUCGCAGUGCUCCUUUCUGCCAUUUAGAGGAGGAGAAGCCCCACAACUUCCUGGUAGCUCCAUGGACAGUUACUUUCAACAGUGGUGAAAUGCAGUGCAGAGCCACUGUUCAGGCAGGCUUUAAGUUAGGCCACCUAUGCAGGAGUCCACAGCUUUUGGCCAGCCUGUUUACCGGCCACAAGGCUGCCUACCCUGGAGUAGGAGAGUCUUGCUUGAUGUUGCACUCUGUUAAAAAGCCAGUGGGGAGAACACCCAGUACUUGAGCUGGAAAGGGGAGUGCUAUCUCGGCUCUGCCUGGCUCCAGAGGGACUUGGAAAUAAGACAACUUCCUGAGCCAUUUUCUGAGGCUCAAGAGUGGCAUCGGGAAGAGCGCCUCAUCAGAAAUCCGGCUCUCCCUGAUGCUACUGGGUAAAGCAUGCAUUCCCCAAGGGUCACCCGGUGGGUGCAUUUGUGGGUCCUGACGCCCGCACCAAGCGGAGAGCCUGGUGGGUUGAGCAGUCUUAAAAUCCCCGUCUGCUUAACAUCAGCUUUCUGGUAUUGCCUGUCCUCAUUAAGACAUAUUCCCACAAGUGGCAGCUGGGGCAGAGUGCUUGCCAGGAGAGGGUUGGGUGGGCAGCAAGGACACGCACCCAACAUAGGGAAGUGCCAGUUUUCAUUUCCGAGUCUACUGCCUCUGACAAUGUAGCUACAGAGUAUUUAUAUGCCAGUUCAGGGUUUGAUUUUGUACUUGUGAAUUUGUGUGUGUGUUUUGCUUUGUUACUGCCUCCCAUGCACAUCUGUGCAUCCACAUAAUGCAGUGCCUCGUCCAUUUUUGGACUCCAGUAUCUACGAAGACCGUUCUGGGAUUAAAUAAAUUUUUAUAAGAAGAAAAUGACUCCUCAUCUGUAGUUGCAUUAUUAAAAUUUGUAUAAUUUGCAGUAUUUGUAUAUCUACACAGAAUAUAUUUUAAUACAGUCACAAAUGUGUUUAUUCCA